UGUUGCUAAGGCAGGCAAAGCACCAUUAGUGACAAUGGCAGACGAGGAGGGAAAGAAGAGUCCUGUUCAAGAUAAAGAUGAGGCUGCUGAGAAGGCGCCAUCUCCAGCUGGAGAGAAACAAGCGGAGGACACUGCACCAAAGGAUGAAGAAACAACAGAACAAAAACCUAACGAAGAAAAGGAGGUAACAGAAGAAACUAAACCUGAUCAAGCUGAACCCAAAACAGAAACAGAGGAGCCUGAAAAACAAGAAGAAACCCAGAAAGAGGAAAAAGAGGCAGAACCACCCAAAACUGCAGAAUCAGAAAGUAAACAAGAGGAGGAAAAAGCAGCUGAGCCUGCCUCGGAUAGAAGAUCACCAGAGGGAGGUACUGAAACAGGUGCACAAAGUGAACAGCAAACAGUUGACACACAACAAUCAGUUAAAUUGCCGUCCCCUCCACCCAACACAGAGACUGUCCAAGAUCAGGGUCAAGGACAGGAUGCACCAGCUGUUAUUCCUACUGCACCAAAGAUUCCAUCACCAGAAAAAUCCGAGGUUACUGGUGAAGGACUUGAAGGGACAAUGUCAACUACUGCUCUAAAUGUUAUUUGGUCAUUUGGUCUAAACAGAAAUAUCCCUGUCCUAAAUCUCACAGACAAUUCAAGAAAACUUAUUAUGUAUGCAUGUGCACAUGUUGGAGUGCUUUAUGAUUUUGAAAAAAAUAGACAACACAUUUUACAAGGACAUAUAAAUCCCUUGACCAGUACCUGUGUGAGUGAAGACAAGAGAUGGUUGGCAACUGGAGACAAAGGUCAAGACGCAACAGUCAUUGUGUGGGACACAUACACAGGAGUACCUGUGCAAACCAUUUUUGAUACCAACCCAAAUGGAGGUGUUGUUGCCAUGGCAAUGACACCAGAUGCAAGAUAUCUGGCAACACUGAGUGCAGCACCAACACAGGUCUUGUCUAUUUGGAACUGGACGGUGGAUGGCGAUACUCCGCUGUGUACUGCAGAAUUAAACCCAAGCUAUGGUGUACAGUCAUUCAUUCACUUUAAUCCUGAUGACAUUCAUUUUCUUGUGUCAAAUAGUGACUCCCAAGUUAUUUUCUAUCAGUGGAGUGACAAUCACAUGGAAUAUUUUGCACCUCCGCUGACAGACCAGGACUUCAACAAACCCGUGGGUCGCUACAGUCAGUCCAUCUUCCAGAAAAACAGUACAAGGGUACUAACGUCCACCUCUAUAGGGAAUCUAGUGGUCUGGGACACCAACAAACCCCUCACUAAGUUAAAAAAUGCCCAGCCCUCUGCAGAUAAGAAAGCAUUAAAGAUCAUCAGACUUCAGGAGAGAGGAAUCAAUGUUCUCACUACAACAGAAAAUUUCAUUGUUGUUGGAGAUAUGGCUGGCCAUGUGAAGUUCUUUGAUCAGAGUUUAAAACUUGUUCAUUGGUAUCAGGACUUUCACUUAGGACCAGUGACCUCCAUUACUUUUGCAUUUUAUCCCAAUUUUGAACCAGUUGCAAAAGAAGGAACAAAUUAUCCUCCUGAUGCUACAAUAGAAGCCAGAAAAUUUGUCAUCAAAGACUUUGUAGUGGGGAGCAGUAUUGCCAUAUUUGGAAGUGUAACAGCUGAUGGAACGAAGGUGAAGGUCAUUCACAGAGAGCAUGAUUCUGCUAUCCAUGCACUGGCUUCACAUCCAUCAAUGCCUUAUGUUGUGAUUGGAAGCUAUUCUGGACUUCUGAAAAUUUGGGAUUAUGAAAACAAACAAGUGAUGGUCUCCAGACAGUUUGAUAAAAACAGCUUGAUCAGAUGCUGUGCAUUUGAUCCCAAGGGAGCUUAUAUAGCUGUUGGUUUUGUUAAUGGAUCUGUGAGAGUUUUAGACUCCAUCACACUAGAAGACCAGACAGCAGAACCCUUUAGAUAUGCUAGAUACAGUAUCACUCAUAUAGCGUUCUCCCACAAUUCACAGUACCUGGCUACAGCUGAUGGAGAAUACACCAUCAGUGUGUUUAAGAGACAACACCUCCAUGAUGACCCCUACGGUUACCUGGGUAGAUACAGAGCCCAUUACAAAGACAUUCAGGACAUCAUCUUUGGGGUACAUCUGGAUUCUAACCAGCCCCGGCUCCUGUCUCUGGGCAAGGAUCGAGUGCUGGUUGAAUAUGAUUUGGAAAACAGCACAAAGGACUGCCUUAAGAUAACUAGCUCUGACAGAAUAGAGCAGAGUGCUGUCCCCCAGUGUCUGACCUGGUACCCUCCCAUCACAAAGGAACACUUUAUAGUGACCACCAACGACCAGUACAAGUUCAAACUAUACAACGCCACCACUAAAAUGUGCAGGAAGACAUUACUAGGACCAACUUAUGGAUCUCCCAUCAAAAAAAUUGCUAUCGUGCCAACAAAAGAUCCAAUCAAAGAUAAACGAUACCUGGCGUAUAUUACGGAUGACAAAAUAGGACUCCAUAUCCUCCCUCUGUGUGGCAACCCACAUGAUGCAAUGGCUCUCAUUGGUCACCCAGCUGGGGUUUCUAACCUCGUCUGCAGCUAUGAUGGGAAGUACUUGUUUUCUGCUGGUGGUACUGAUGCAUCUGUCCACAUGUGGGAAAUCAAUAUCAAUGCCUUGGAAGCUCAGUCUAAGUUGGGAGGAGAGGAUCUGAUCCCAUUCUAUGGACUGCUAGAUGGAGGUCGGGAAGGGGAGCUGUUUGCAGAAUUGGAGGAUUACUUCUAUUAUGCACAGAUCAGAAGCCAGGGAGUGAAUGCUAUGGAGAGGAGAGAGUUGUCAGUUAAGAUUCCCCUCACAGAGGUUCCCUAUGUUAUGAGGGCCAUGGGUUUCUACCCCUCAGAACAAGAGAUUGAAGACAUGUUAAAUGAGGUGAAGUUUAGUCGAUAUGUGGAGACAGGGCAAUAUGUAGAAGAUAUUGACCUGGGAGAUUUUAUCAAGCUGUAUAUAAACCAUAGACCAGCGUUUGGAUUAGAUCCACAGAAACUCGUACAUGCCUUCCAAACGCUUGGUGUACCCUCCACUCAAGGCAAUGCCAUCGAGAGGGGAUACCUACUUGAUCUCCUGCAGACCAAAGGUGAACACAUGACAGAGUACGAAUUAGCUGAGUAUCUAACAACCCUGCUAGGAUUCAAUGCCGAGGGAGGCAGUAGUGAACUACAGGAAUUUGACUCUUCCACCGCUGGUGACAUUAUAGAUCAAAACCUGCCUGUCAAUGUCACAGAGGAAAUGUUUGCCAAUGAAAUUCUAGGAUUUUCUAUGUACAAGGAUGCUCUAGUAACACCCCAGCAGGCCUCUUGAGAACUGAAUGAAUGUAACAAGUGCUCUAUUUUUAUGUUCCAAAAUUCCUUGAUUUUGUGGAUUUGAGGAAUUGACCAAUUCCUGUGUUGGAUUAGUCAGAACAGUUCAUUUAAAACACAAAGUGGCUGUGAUAUAAUCCACAUGUAUCUGGUAUUUUUAUGUCUGUUGUUUUGUCUAUUUAUCAAUGAAUAAUGAAACAGAAGGUUAUUGUUACAAUGAAAUAUUUCAAUUUUAAUAUAU